GCAAAGACAAGUGGAAUUGACAGUUCAGCUGUAGCUGCAGUAACAGGAAAGAUGCAGAGAUACGUGAUGAGUAAAAUGAAGCAACAAAAGGAGAAGGAACUGUUUAAUUGCCAGAGAUGUAGUAGAAGACACCCCCCAAAGCAGUGUCCAGCUUAUGGCAAAGUCUGUGCUAAAUGUAAAGGGCAGAAUCAUUGUGCCAAACAGUGCUUUUCCAAAGCCAACCAGGGUCAAAAGGAGCGUGUCCAUGCAGUGGAGGAAACAGAUCUCAGUGACAAAUUUUUUAUUGGCCUGGUGGAGCAGGCUGAUUCCAGUCAGGAAAUAACAGAACAGACUGAUGUAAAUACUGUUGCGCAGGACAAGUGGAUGACAGCUCUGGAAAUUAAUGGAGUUAUCGUGUCACUCAAGCUAGAUACAGGAGCAAAAGUCAAUCUGAUUUCAGAGCCUGAUGUCAGAGCAAUGAAAAUUAAGCCACGAAUAAGCCCGAAAACAGUGCGACUCAAAGUCUAUAAUGGACAGCACAUCCCAACAAAAGGAACAUGCAGACUACAGGUAAAAAUGAGAAACAAAAUACAUCACCUCAAGUUUGUGGUUGUUCCAGGUGGACAUGAUUCUGUGUUGGGAGACAAAGCAUGUGAAGACCUAGGUCUGGUGAAAAGAGUAUAUGUCAUAAAUAGUGGAGAGACAAAGGACACUGUGAAAAAUAUAGUGGCACAGUUUCCAGACAUCUUUGAAGGAUUUGGAGUAUUACCCUUCACCUACAAAAUACAGCUGAAAAAAGAUCAGUCAGUAUUCCAUGCCCCAAGAAGAGUUCCUGCACCUCUUUGUGAGAAACUGAGACAAGAAUUGGAGACAGUGACUUCGAUGGGAGUCAUCGAAAAAGUGGAAGAGCCUACUAACGUUUCUAGGAGACAAGCUGCAGAAGGAGAAAAAUGGCGGCCGGUUGCAUAUGCCUCAAGAACGAUGACUCCCACGGAGUGUCGGUACGCUCAGAUAGAAAAAGAAUGCUUGGGCUUGGUGUAUGGAGUGGAACGAUUUCAUAGCUAUGUGUAUGGGUUACCGACAUUUGUGGCAGAGACUGAUCACAAACCAUUAAUAGCUAUCAUCAAAAAGAACCUCAAUCAGAUGUCUCCAAGAAUUCAGCGUUUGAUGAUGCGACUGCAGAGAGGAGAAUGUGCCCAGUACUACAAUAUCAGAACAGAGCUGAGUGGUCAAAGGACUUCAGCUGAGACAGAACAGGAUCGUUAUCCCACAGUCACUGCGUCAAGAGAUGUUGAAAAGGCUACAUGA